UUAAGCGGGCUUGUUAGUUGGUGUGGCUACACUGUAAUUUAUGGGUGGGGAAAACGGAAUAGCGCACAGAACGGGGCUUGCUGUGCUUAUCAAGGAUCUGGCUGAGGGACGCGCGCAGGCAGGCAUAGAGACAAAAGCGAACAUCAAAGGAGAGGAGAGGAGCGAGUGGACGAGAGGGAGAGCGGAGAGGAAAAAAAACAUAAGGGGUGAAAAUAAAAGAAAAUACAGAGAGGAAAAAGAAACUUUCCCAGAGAAUAAACAAGGCUCAAUGCUGAAAAAUGUGAGCGAGCGGUGCUGAAGCGACAGAAUCGGGCGCGUUUGAGAAAAUACCGCUUGUACCACUUACCAAAAAACUCGAUGGAUUGUGUGGCCUGAAGCGAAGAAAUCCAUGACGGGUUACUUUUUAAGUUUUCCGGGGAAGGAAUUCCUUUUGGAUUUCAAUUUAAAAUAAGAAACCCGCCCGCUCUGGACUUGUAUGAAAAUGCAGGAGAAAUACCGCACGCUUUGGAUAAGCUGUGUUGUGUCGGUGUUACUGGUUCAGUCCAGCUAUGCCCGUGGAAGACAAGGCUACUUGAUAGCGGCCCCCUCUGUGUUCCGUGCCGGGGUGGAGGAAGCUGUCAGCGUGACCAUUUUCAACCCCGUCAAGGAGACCACCGUGCAGGUCCAGCUCGCAGUCAAGGGGGAGACGGUGGCACACAGCCACGGCACGGUGCUGGAGAAAGGAACGAUCAAGUUAAAGGUUCCCUCCGGCCUGCGCGGGCAAGCUCACCUGAAGGUGUGGGGGAAUCGGCACCUGGCGGACGAGGGCUACAUCUUCCACAACUACACCACUGUGACCGUCGACGCCAAGGGCUCCUCUGUCUUCAUCCAGACUGACAAGCCCGUCUACAAACCCAAGCAGAAAGUGCUGAUCAAUGUGUUUUCAGUCACACCUGACCUGAGGCCUGCCAAUGAGAAGAUUGAAGCCUACAUCGUGGAUCCGAGGGGGUCUAGGAUGAUCCAGUGGCCUGACCUGAAGCCCAUCUGCUGUGGGAUUGUGAACAUGAGCUUCCCUCUGUCAGACCAGCCAGUGCUGGGGGAGUGGCUCGUCUUCGUUGACAUGCAGGGCCACACCUACAACAAGUCCUUCGAGGUGCAGAAGUACGUCCUGCCAAAGUUCGAACUGAUCAUCGAGCCUCCCAGGUUCAUCCGUGACCUGGCCUCGUGCGAGAAGGGAUCUGUGCACGCCAGGUACACGUUCGGGAAGCCCGUGACGGGAAAGCUCACCGUCAACAUGACCGUGAACGGAGUGGGCUACUACAGGCACGAAGUGGGGCAGCCUGUGGUGAAGACCAUGGACAUCGACGGCUCUGCAACCUUCAGUCUGUGCGUGAAGGACAUGAUGCCGGCGGACGUGGCGGACCACUUCCGUGGUGCGGUGAACAUCUGGGCGGCGGUCAGCAGCGUGGACGGCAGUCGGCAGGUCAUGUUCGACGACUCCACGCCCAUCCACAAGCAGCUCAUUGAUAUAAAGUACUCCAAGGACACCAGGAAGCAGUUCAAACCAGGCCUUCCGUACAGAGGCAAGGUGGAGGUGACGUACCCUGAUGGCAGCCCCGCGGACGGAGUGACCAUUCGGAUCAAGGCAGAGCUGACCCCGAAGGACAACGUGUACACCAGCGAGCUGCGCUCCCGCGGGGGGCUGGUGGAGUUCGAGAUCCCCUCCAUCCCCACUGCUGCCCAGUACGUGUGGCUGGAGACCAAAGUGACGGCGAUCGACGGCAGGCCGGCAGGAGACCAGUACCUUCCCAACUACCUGUCCAUCAGCAGCUGGUACUCUCCCAGCAAGUGCCACGUCCAGCUGCAGGGCCCCAGCGCUCCUCUGCAGGUGGGUGUGGAGGCUCAGGUGUCCUUGAAGUCCACGUGCCCGUGUGAUUUCACCCUGCACUACGAGCUCGCCUCCCGGGGGAACAUCGUGCAGUCCGGCUACCAGCCCUCCAAUGUCACCCUGCAGCGGAGCAAGAGAGCCACCGUCACCUUCGACAAGAACGUCCGCACCAGCGCCCCCGUUAGACCAGGUGCUCCCAAGCCCCCAUCUCCGGCGGAGACAGACGUCUGCGUGACGAUCCUGCACUUCCCUGUGACCUACAACAUGGCUCCACUCAGCCGCCUGCUGGUCUACUACGUGAGGGAGAACGGGGAGGGGGUGACUGACAGCAUCCAGCUCCCAGUGCAGCCAGCUUACGAGAACCAGGUGUCCAUAGCCCUGUCCUCUAACGAGUCCAUGCCCGGGGACGUGGUUAACAUGCGGGUCAGAGCGGAGAGGGGUUCCUGUGUGUGCGUGGCGACUGUCGACAAGAGCCUAUAUCUGCUGAAGCCAGGCUUCCAGCUCACUACCGACAAGAUUUUUCAGGACCUGGUGGACUUCGACGUUUCGGACGCCUUUGGGAUACCCAAGGACGAUGGUCACUUCUGGUGGCCGGGCCUGUCGUCACGCCGACGGAGACGCUCCUCGGUUUUCCCCUGGCACUGGGAUAUCACCAAGGAUGCCCGCUUCGCCUUCACUGAGACGGGCCUGGUGGUGAUGACAGACAUGGUGAGUCUGAAUCACCGGCAGAACGGGGGCAUGUACACGAACGAGGCCGUGCCCGCCUUCCAGCCACACACCGGGACCGCGGUGGGAGCCGUGCACUCCCGCACCGUGCCAAGGGCUGAGAAACGAAGAAGAACCUUCUUCCCAGAGACCUGGAUUUGGCACUGCCUCAAUGUCAGUGACAUCACCGGGGAGGGCGAGCUGCGGCUGGAGGUUCCGGACUCUAUCACCACCUGGAUCACGGAGGCUGUCGGCUUGUCUGAUGGGAAGGGGCUGGGCCUGGCUGCGCAGACGGAGCUGCGUGCAUUCAAACCGUUCUUCGUGGACUUUGCCCUGCCCUACAGCGUGAUCCGCGGGGAGCAGAGCAAGAUCCUGCUGACUGUGUACAACUACCUGCCAGUGUGCGCGGAGGUCCAUGUCAAGGUCUCGGUUCCCAAAGGGAUCAAGUUCGUGGGUCACCCCGGCAGGCACCACCUGACCCGGAAGAAGUGUGUGCCGCCCGGAGAAGCCCGUCCCACCUCUAUCGUCCUGUCCUUCAGUGAGCUGGGACUGGCCAACAUCACAGCUCGGGCGUUUGCCUACAGUGAGGUGGGCUGCUGUGAGGAGGGGGUGCAGUCUCCCCUUAAGAAUGGGAAGCACCUGGAGGACAGCGAGCUGGACAGAAGGACCGCGGUGGGCAUGGACUCCGUGCGGCGGAGUGUCCUGGUGCAGCCGGAAGGUCUGCCGAGAGAAUAUACCUACAGUGUGUUCUUCUGUCCUAAUGAGAAAAUCCACAUCUCCACUCCCAACAAGUACGAGUAUCAGUACGUGAAGAAGCCGUCGCGAAUGACGCACUUCGACGUGGCGGUGAAGGCUCACAACGACGCGCACCUGGCGCUGUCCUCGGGGCCGCACGACACCGCCGGGAUGGUGGAGAUCGUGAUCGGGGGCCGCCAGAACUCCCGCACCUGGGUGUCGGCCAGCAAGAUGGGCGAGCCGCUCGCCAGCACUGGCACCGAGGGCAUCCUGUCCUGGGACGAAUUCCGCAACUUCUGGGUCAGCUGGAGGAACGGUGUGGUGCAGGUGGGCCAUGGGGUGCACCCCUCUAACGAGUCUGUCAUCACAGAGUGGGCAGGGCUGAAGCUGCCGCAGGUGAAGUACGUGGGCUUCUCAACAGGCUGGGGGUCCGUGGGCGAGUUCAAGAUCUGGAGGAAGGAGGACUCGGAUGAGAACCACAAUGAGGCGUUCACUCUGGGGGUCCCGCACAACGUGGUCCCGGGCAGCGAGCGAGCCUCUGCCUCCAUGAUAGGCGAUGUCAUGGGCCCCACCCUCAAUAACCUGGACAAUCUGCUGCGGCUGCCCUUCGGCUGCGGGGAACAGAACAUGAUCCACUUCGCUCCGAACGUCUUUGUGCUGAAGUACCUGCAGAAAACCAAGCAGCUCAACCCGGAGGUGGAGGGGGAGGCCACAGACUACCUGGUGCAAGGAUACCAGAGACAGCUGACCUACAAGAGGCAGGACGGCUCAUACAGCGCCUUCGGAGAGAGGGACUCGUCUGGCAGCAUGUGGCUGACUGCGUUCGUCCUCAAGUCCUUCGCUCAGUCCCGCGGCUUCAUCUUUAUCGACCCAAAGGAGCUGAGCGCGGCCAAGGACUGGAUCAUCCAGCACCAGAAAGAGGACGGCUCCUUCCCUGCCGUGGGGCGCAUCCUCAACAAGGACAUCCAGGGAGGGAUCCAUGGGAAGAUCUCGCUGACAGCCUAUGUGGUGGCAGCGCUUCUGGAAACCGGGAUAACAUCCGAGGAAGAGAAGACGGCGGUCGCUAAGGCCAAGCACUUCCUGGAGACGAACGUGUACUCCGCUGAUGACCCGUACACCACGGCGCUGACAGCGUACGCCCUGACGAUCCUCCGCAGCACCUACGCGCCCGUGGUGCUCCGCAAGCUCAACAACAUGGCCAUCACGCAGGAUGGUUUUACUCACUGGAGCCUGACUGGAACCACAGUGACUGAUGAGGACACCUUCAUGGGCUUCAACGACGGCCUCUCGCAGUCAGUCGUGUCGGCAGAGGUGGAGAUGACUGCCUACGCCCUGCUGACCUACACCCUCCUGGGGGAUGUGGCCACAGCCCUGCCCGUGGUCAAGUGGCUCUCGCAGAAGAGGAACGCCCUGGGGGGCUUUUCAUCCACACAGGACACAUGCGUGGCGCUGCAGGCCCUGUCUGAGUACGCCAUCCUGUCCUUCGUGGGUGGAGUCAACCUCACCAUCUCUCUGGCCUCCACGAACCUGGACUUCCAGGAGACCUUCGAGCUCAACAAGGCCAACAAGAAGAUCCUGCAGACUGCCCUGAUCCCCAGUAUUCCUACAGGACUGUUCGUCAGCGCCAAGGGGGAAGGGUGCUGCCUGAUGCAGAUCGACGUGUCCUACAACGUUCCUGAUCCCGUAGCCAAGCCGGCGUUCCAGCUCACUGUGACCCUGAAAGAGCCUAAACUGGGGCGACACCACCCCCAGCAGCAACGCCCCCCGGCUGCACGCCCCAAAUCCCGCGCCGAUAACCGCUCGGAGCUGAGCCGCCGUCGCCGGGCUGCCACGGACGAUGAAGACCCCGCUGCGGACCAGGACCACCAAGAGUACCAGGUCAGCCUGGAGGCCUGUGCCAGGUGGCUGCAUGCCGGCUCCUCCAACAUGGCUGUGCUCGAGGUGCCACUGCUGUCCGGCUUCAGAGCAGACUUGGAGAGCCUGGAGAAGCUUCUCCUGGACAAGAAGAUCGGACUGAAGAGAUACGAGGUGGACGGCAGGAAGGUUCUGUUUUACUUUGACGAGAUUCCCAGCCAGUGCAGGACCUGUGUGAAGUUCCAAGCGUAUCGGGAGUACAUUGUUGGGAAAACCGCUCCUGUUCCUGUCAAGGUGUAUGACUACUACGAACCAGCAUUCGAGGCCACUCGUUUCUACAACGUGAGCGAGCACAGCCUGCUGGCGAGGGAGCUGUGUGACGGGACCACGUGUAACGAGGUGGAGAGUUCAGCCAACCAGUGGAUCGGCUUCGCGCAGUCCGGCCAGUGUAACAACGUGUUCGGCUGCCUGGAGGAGGAACACUUCGAGCAGUGCACCUGUUACCGGGACUGCGGAUACGACGGAGAGCCCGUCUGCGCCUCUGACAACAUCGUCUACCAGAACCAGUGCCAGAUGGAGGUGGCAGCCUGCCGCAACAGCACCCGCAUCAAGCAAGUGCCCAUGUCCCAGUGCCCCUCACUGGAGAAUCUGCCUGAAGAAAAGGAGCUGACAAUCGAAGCGCUACAGGACCUGCCUCCAGUGCCGCCAGGAGAGGAGGAGGAGGAGCCCGAGCCCCAGGCGGAGGUCUCGUAUUACUCUUACGAGUACGACAGCGACCCCUACGUGUCGGAGGGGGAAGAUGACGCCUUCGAUCUGGGGGGCGAGGUGGUGACGCAGUCAGACAGGACGCAGGAGGGCGAGCUGCACUUACUGGAGAUGGAGGACACCGUCACACAGUGAAUAUCCCCUUGGAAUUAACAUGGAAAAAGAAGGUGAAUAAAUUGUAUAUUGUUUGUUAAUACAUUGAACUGACUCGACUGAAAUAAAGAAGAGGACCACUGCUGUGAACAAAAGAACAAGCGAGCAAGUAGCCGAGGUCUGUCUGUCUGUCUGUCUGUCUGUCUGUCUGUCUGUCUGUCUGUCUGUGCCUUUUUUAUAUGCAUUCUCAUUCACAAUAAAUAGGAAAGCGAUAGCCUCUUCUGUCUCUCUGAUGCAUUGUGAUAUAUAGAGAGUAUAUAUAUAUUAUAUAUAAUGAAUCAGGAUCACUAGAGAAAAUCAAUGAGUAUUUAUGUUUGUAAUUAUACUUACAUCGCAAAAAAAUAUUUGAUUUCUAACUGUGGUAUUUAUUUUGUAUUAGUCAGUGCUUUGUUGUUUUGUUCUCUCAAGUUACACCACACCCCCCAUAGAUGUAGUGGAAACUGGGCUUUUGAGCUUCCAGAAGCUUUAUUUUGACUAAAUUAUGAGCUGCAGUUGCGCUUGUUUCCACUAGGUGUGCUCUAGCAGCAGAACCCACUUCCUAUUGGAUAAUCAUGACUUACAGCAAACCUUUCUCUGGAACUAUAAUGUUAAACUGUAUGUAAAGCAUAACACAUAAAUGUGGUUUUGGAAAACAAAUUAGUAGCUAAUUAUUUAGGAUAUAUGUUACUAUACUAUACUAACUAUAGUAGAAUUAGAAUUUAACUUCAGUUUGGCAUCCCCAGAACUAAUAAAAAAAAGUGCAUUACAUUGCAGUAACCAAUAAAAAAAUAACAGUAAAUAUUCAUAUGUAUUGAUCGCAUUAAUGUACAAAACACAGGAUAUAAUAAGGGCAAUUUGGGUAUGUGGCCAGAGGGGGCGCUGCCACCACCUCACAUGGUUAGAAUGCUGACCCAGUGGAACACUUGUGACGUGUUCCGGAGUCUUCAUGGCGACCGCAGUGUCAUCCUGACCAUGCGACGCGUUGGCGACUCCCCCCUGAGGCCGCGUGUGACACAACGCGAUCGAUAAAUUAGCUGCUAUGCCAGGCUCUGUACCGACCUGCACAUUUUGACCUGUGGAGUGUUUCUUUUCAUAGUGGUGGAUUAAAAAAAAAAAAAAAACAAUGAUGAAAAGAUAUGUUUUGCUUUGUUGUUAUAUUUUAAAAGAAUAAAAAAAUACAUUUGAAAAUAGAAAAAAAAACGUGUUUUAAUUAACUUCUGGUCAUUUCGGUCAACUUUGUGCAUUUUGGCUCUUAAGUCUUGCCUAAAGAUAGAUACACUGUACUGACUUCAAAAUGUUGCAAUGCAACACCGUGCACUGUAUCUGAAAGACCCUUAUGCUAAGACAUACAAGCCACUGGUUCCAAUCACCCUGAAACUUGCAGACAUGCCCUCGUUUUGCUCAGUGACUUGUCUUGUUUUAAAUAACUUGCAGGGAUUUGUAUGAAUCUGUGAGGGUUAAACACAUCAAUGCACGUGUCCCCCAGCGCCACCCUGUGGCGAUGAUCGAUCACUGCCCCCCUAAACUUAACCCUUUAAAGUCUGAGGCAUGUUCUCUGCCCUGCUUACAUGAUCAUCAGGUUUGUAAGCUUUGUAAAGCUUAAAAAAAUGAUUUGCUUUGAAAUAUGUUUGACUGGUAAUAGGAAGCUUGUGUAUGUGUGUGUGUAUAUAUAUAUAUUAUUUAGAACUUUAUCUAUUACAUUGCAUGGUAGGUUUCCCUGCUGAGAAAACACUGUUUGCAAUGUGGACUGUCCCUGAAAUGUACCCGUUUGGUUUUUCAGUUGAUUACAGUGAAGCAUUGACACCGCAGUGUAUAUUUGCCACUCUGGGCAAAUUGCAGACAAAUUGCCCACUCCAGAGUAAAUGUAUGACAUGGGCAAUUUGUGUUUUUUUCUUUUUAAUCAGAACCCCCCACCCAUCUCCCAGAGACAACAGAAUAAUGGUUCUCAUUUUCAAGCACAUCCACAUGCAGUGACCAUCAGGCUGCUUUACCAUGCGGCCAUUCGUUACUGCGAAAGCUAUUUUAUUAAAGUAACAUCUAGUGUCUUAAAACAAAACAAAAGUUUAUAUUGAAAUUACUGUAAAGAAAGUGAUCUGAAACUUUUUCAAAUACUUAAAUAUUACUGUAAUAAAAAAAACAUUGUAUACAACUCA